AUGCUUCCCGGAAAAUGGACUGCGCGGGUGUCGCUGGCUAGGCUGCGACACCGGCGGCGGCGGUGCCAAGGGCACGGGGGCAUCGUCAACGAUGGUGGAUGGCGCAGCCGGUCGGGCCGGUGGAGGAGCCGGUGGAGCCAGCAGCCGCUGUGGAGACGACGGCUGUUGCUGCUGGACGGGGUCUGGCGGCCCUGCACGCCGACCACGGGUGGAAGGGAGCGCAUCCGGGCGGCUGGAAAAAGGCGGCGGAGCUGUUUGCUGGAAAGAAGAGGCGGUCGGGAAACCCUGAUACCAGCGCCUGAGUUGGUUGCGGUGGCGGCGGACCACUUUGUCAGCGAUGCAGACAUCAAAGAGCUGAUGGCCUUGCGGCCAGACGAUCACCCCCUGAAUCCAUCCAGCUCUCAGGCCGAAACCUCGCGCCCAGAUAAGGGAUCCAGGAACAAAGGGAGCCUGUGCAGUCGGAACCUGUCGUUUGGGUCCAGGCCGGAGGAGGUGCCAAAGGAGGAAGCCGAGGAGAGGAAGCCGAGGAGAGGAAGCCGAGGAGAGGAAGCCGAGGAGAGGAAGCCGAGGAGAGGAAGCCGAGGAGAGGAAGCCGAGGAGAGGAAGCCGAGGAGAGGAAGCCGAGGAGAGGAAGCCGAGGAGAGGAAGCCGAGGAGAGGAAGCCGAGGAGAGGAAGCCGAGGAGAGGAAGCCGAGGAGAGGAAGCCAAGGAGAGGAAGCCAAGGAGAGGAAGCCAAGGAGAGGAAGCCAAGGAGAGGAAGCCAAGGAGAGGAAGCCAAGGAGAGGAAGCCAAGGAGAGGAAGCCAAGGAGAGGAAGCCAAGGAGAGGAAGCCAAGGAGAGGAAGCCAAGGAGAGGAAGCCAAGGAGAGGAAGCCAAGGAGAGGAAGCCAAGGAGAGGAAGCCAAGGAGAGGAAGCCAAGGAGAGGAAGCCAAGGAGAGGAAGCCAAGGAGAGGAAGCCAAGGAGAGGAAGCCAAGGAGAGGAAGCCAAGGAGAGGAAGCCAAGGAGAGGAAGCCAAGGAGAGGAAGCCAAGGAGAGGAAGCCAAGGAGAGGAAGCCAAGGAGAGGAAGCCAAGGAGAGGAAGCCAAGGAGAGGAAGCCAAGGAGAGGAAGCCAAGGAGAGGAAGCCAAGGAGAGGAAGCCAAGGAGAGGAAGCCAAGGAGAGGAAGCCAAGGAGAGGAAGCCAAGGAGAGGAAGCCAAGGAGAGGAAGCCAAGGAGAGGAAGCCAAGGAGAGGAAGCCAAGGAGAGGAAGCCAAGGAGAGGAAGCCAAGGAGAGGAAGCCAAGGAGAGGAAGCCAAGGAGAGGAAGCCAAGGAGAGGAAGCCAAGGAGAGGAAGCCAAGGAGAGGAAGCCAAGGAGAGGAAGCCAAGGAGAGGAAGCCAAGGAGAGGAAGCCAAGGAGAGGAAGCCAAGGAGAGGAAGCCAAGGAGAGGAAGCCAAGGAGAGGAAGCCAAGGAGAGGAAGCCAAGGAGAGGAAGCCAAGGAGAGGAAGCCAAGGAGAGGAAGCCAAGGAGAGGAAGCCAAGGAGAGGAAGCCAAGGAGAGGAAGCCAAGGAGAGGAAGCCAAGGAGAGGAAGCCAAGGAGAGGAAGCCAAGGAGAGGAAGCCAAGGAGAGGAAGCCAAGGAGAGGAAGCCAAGGAGAGGAAGCCAAGGAGAGGAAGCCAAGGAGAGGAAGGCAAGGAGAGGAAGGCAAGGGAAAGAGUAAGUGA